UACCUUCAUCACGGUCAUGAACUUUAUGUGUAUACUGUUUCUGGUCGGCAUUGACGGGCUGCUGGUGCUGUCCAUUCUGGCAGCCGUGCACCAAAUCAAGCUGCUAAAGAUAACCAUCCAGGAGCUGGACAUCGGUGCGGAGCAGGCGGAGCUACACCGGGAGUUAGUACGCAUUAUUCAGAUUCAUCAACGCAUCCAGCAGUUCAUCCACCAGCUAGAACAAACGUACUACAUCGAUCUGUUGGUGGACUUUGGUCUUGUUUGUCUGAUCCUGUGCAUGGGACUGAACGUGAUCGCCGACGAAGUAAUCAAUGCGAUCUGGUUCUUUCUGAUUGCGGUCGUAUUUCAACUAUCUUUGCUAUGCUUCAGUGGCAAUCUACUGCUGAUCGAGAGCGACUCACUGUCGAGCUGUGUGUACUCGAUCGAUUGGCACGCGAUGCCGGUGCCGGAGCAGAAGCUGCUCAUGGUUAUGAUCGCGCACGCACAAAAGCCUCAGGUGCUGAGAGGCAUCUUUAUGCCACUGAUCAUGUCUAGCUUCCUAUCGGUAAUUAAAGCCAGCUACUCCUAUUUCACAUUGUUGCAUUAAAGGAGAUCGCAGUGGUGCAAGGCAUCAGCAAAGUUCGG